UUUAAGAAUAACUUCGCUUAGACACCUAAACGUGAAAUGGAGUUUGGAAUAUUUGGGUGGUGGCUAAUGUUGGCGGCCUUGUUUCAAUUAUCUUCUAUUCAUGCUUGUUUGAGGGAGGAGAGAGAAGCUCUCUUGCGGCUCAAAGCUUCUCUCGUGAACUCCUUGUAUGAUGAUUUCUUCACAUCUUGGAACUCAUCUCAGGAAGGGAGAAAUUGCUGCGAUUGGAAAAGUGUUUUGUGUGACAACACUACAGGGCGUGUAAUCAAGCUUCAUCUUAGCUAUGUGAGGGCCUGGGAUCAGGAAGUUUGGUAUCUGAAUGCCUCUCUGUUUAUUCCCUUUCAAGAGCUUAAGUACCUCGAUUUGAGUGGGAAUUAUAUAUUUGGUUUUGAAAGAUUAUCCGGAUUGAACAAGCUAGAGGUGCUUGACUACUCUAGGAAUUACUUCAAUGAAAGCUUCCUGUCAUCGCUUGGUCAGUUCUUAUCGCUCAAGGAACUAUAUUUGAGUUACAACCACAUACAGCGACCAAUCUCAGGUUUUGAAAGAUUAUCCGGAUUGAGCAAGCUAGAGGUGCUUGACUUCAGUGGGAAUUACAUCAAUGAAAGCUUCCUGUCAUCCCUUGGUCAGUUCUUAUCGCUCAAGGAACUAUAUUUGAGUUACAACCACAUACAGCGACCAAUCUCAGGUUUUGAAAGAUUAUCCGGAUUGAGCAAGCUAGAGGUGCUUGACUUCACUGGGAAUUACUUCAAUGAAAGCUUCCUGUCAUCCCUUGGUCAGUUCUUAUCACUCAAGAAGCUAUAUUUGAGAGACAAUAUCCAAUUAGAUGGACCAAUCUCAGAGCUGAGAAGACUAAAGAACCUACGGGAGUUGUAUUUGGAUGGUUCCUACAUUGACAAAAGCUUCCUCAGUAAAGUUGGAGUUAUGACUUCCCUUAAUGUAUUGACAAUACCAAAUUGUGGACUCAAUGGAAGUUUGCCCAUUGUUCAAGGCUUGUGUGAGCUUAUGAAUCUACGAGAGUUAGAUCUCAGCUCUAAUGAUUUUGAAGGGAUACUGCCUUCAUGUUUGGCAAACAUGACACAACUUCGAAUAUUUGAUAUCUCUUCAAAUCGCUUCAAUGGAAGCGUUGAUCUCUCCCCUCUACCUAGUUUGAAGUCACUUGAGUACCUUGAUUUAUCAGAUAACUACUUCAGCCCAAUCACAUUCUCCUCAUUUUUUAAUCUCUCAAAGCUUGAGGUCAUAUUUAGUGAUGGCAACAAAGUAGUUGAUGAAACUGAUCUGUCUCAAAGAUGGGUUCCUGGCUUCCAAUUAAAGGCUUUCAGUUGUUCAAGGUGCUUAUCUAACAAGUCUGGUAGAAUAACUCUGAGAUUCCUUCAUUAUCAGUUCGACUUGCAAGUACUACAACUCCCUCACAACAACUUGGCAGGACAGUUCCCCACAUGGUUGCUAGAAAACAAUACAAGGUUGGAGGUUCUUAAUUUGAGAAAUAAUUCUUUUACAGGCACUUUGCAGCUGCCCAGUCAUCAUAUGCCCAACCUCUCUCUUUUAGAUAUUUCAUUUAAUCAUAUUCAAGGUCCAAUUCCAACAAACUUUGGUUUAAUUUUUCCGAAUCUAGAGUUUUUAAAUAUUUCUAAAAAUCACUUUGAAGGUGUUAUUCCUUCUUCUUAUGGUAAUUUGACCUCCCUAAAAAUUUUAGAAAUGUCGAGCAAUAAUUUUUCAGGAACAAUACCAGAGAAUUUGAUAAAAAGUUGCUCCUCUUUAUACUACCUUAAAUUGUCCAAAAAUCAUUUGAGUGGCCAACUAAUUCCUACCAAUUUCAAUCUAACAUUACUACGUUUUUUGUUUUUGGACAACAACCACUUUUCUGGAGAGAUCCCAUAUACCAUAUCUAAUUUUAUGGCCUUGGAAGCAAUUGAUUUCAGUAAUAACAAUUUGUCUGGGACGCUUCCAAGAUGGAUGGGGAGCAUGCCUUCAUUGACAGAAAUUGCUCUCGCAAAAAACCAGCUUGAAGGUCCCAUUCCAGUUGAGUUAUGUAACUUGAAAUACCUUUCAUUUUUUGACCUGUCCCAUAACAAUCUAUCUGGCUCUAUACCCUCUUGCUCCAACUGGUCCGACAUCAUACAUGUUCAUUUGAAUAAAAAUAGGUUAACCGGUCCAAUUACCAGUGGAUUCAAGGGUUGCUCUACUUUAGUCACUCUAAAUCUUAGAGAUAACUACCUUAUUGGCAACAUUCCAGAUUGGAUUGGCAACCUGUCAAGUUUGAGCAUUCUCCUCUUGAAAGAAAAUUAUUUACAUGGAAAAAUCCCACUUCAAUUAUGCCUUUUAGAAAAAUUAAGCUUGUUGGAUCUUUCCCACAAUAGUUUUUCUGGUCAAAUACCUCAUUGCUUUAGUAACUUUACUCAUGAACCAACCUACCAAAAAUCUGAGGUAUCAAGAUUUUUCCAAAGCUAUUUUGAAAUGUCCGACAUGUUGUCAUUCUUGCAUUCGGCAAUGAUAAUGAACGGAGUACUCCUUAAUAGUCGUGAUGAAGAUUAUGCGUUCUCCGUAGUGGAUGCACUACAAGAAGUGGAGUUCUCAACAAAGAAUAAUAGUCUCUCCUACAAAGGUGACAUCCUCAACUACAUGUCUGGGAUUGACCUUUCAUGCAACAAACUAGAAGGAGAAAUUCCAACCGAGCUUGGAGAUUUGAGCAACAUCCAUGCGUUGAACCUGUCGUUCAACAAUUUAACGGGAUCAAUCCCCACUGAAUUCUCGAAACUCAAGCAAAUUGAGAGCUUGGAUCUAUCACAUAACAACUUGGAUGGUAUUAUCCCCCCUCAAUUGGUAGAGUUGAACUCUCUAGCUGUCUUCAAAGUGGCACACAAUAACUUAAGGGGUACAACACCAGAAAGAAAAGCUCAGUUCGGUACCUUUGAUGAAAGCAGUUACGAGGGAAAUCCUCUCCUGUGUGGACCUCCACUACCUAAGGCUUGCACUAAAACUGAACCAUCAUCUACCAUUCCAACUGAUAAUGAGGGAGAUGAAGCUUGUGGUUUUAUAGACUUGGAAGUCUUCUACGUCAGCUUUGCGGUGUCUUAUGUGAUAAUGUUGCUUGCAAUUGUUGCCAUUCUCUACAUAAAUUUGCACUGGCGACGGGCAUGGUUUAACUUCGUUGAAGUGUGCAUCUCUACUUGCUACUAUUUUAUUGUGACAAGCACUUGUAAGCUAUCUAGGUUUAGAAUUGUGUAGCUUUGUGUUUUGAUGUUUGCUAUUUUGUAUGUCUUCUGUUUUUCUUUUCUUCAAUCACAAGUUUGAGAUCUUAAUAACAUAUAUGAGACUUGUAAUUAGUUCUCCCUUCGCAACG